AACACAUUUUAAGUGAGAAGAACAUUUCUAUUUUCACCAUGAAUAGUUUCAAAAAACUUUGGUUGAUUUUCUUGCUCUUUUAUUUUGGGCUGUACAUCUGCAUGUAUCUGAUACUACACAACAGAAGGAAUAAAAUUCCUGCCCCAAAGGUAUUGAGCAUGCGAGAAAAACAAUUUAUCAAAGAAGUCAAAAUCUAUCGGAAUCUUCCCAUGGCAAGCCUGAUGGACCGCAGAAAAGUGGAUUUUUGGCGACGAAACCAGACUUGUGGGCUCUUUCCAAGGUUUUUUGAUGUGAAAGUCACAAACACGCUUUGGCAAAAGCUCAACACAAGUCAGGGCACGGUUAUGCUCUAUGCGGCCUAUUACGACAACCGACUAUCUGACCAACCAAUGAUCCGGGUUAUUGCUGCAGGAAGGGAGACAAAUCGGCUACCACCCUUGCUUUGUCAUUUGUGGUUUGAGGGUAUUCCGACACCCUUUGAGGUUCCCGUGGCAAGCGGCAAGUAUUUGGUGGGUGAUGUGGUGUUUAAACACUGGCAUCCGGAGAUGUAUUUGGGCCACCUAUUGACUUGUCCCAUCCCUAAGGAGAUUCGUGAGAAGAUACCUGUAAUAGCAAGUUUGGUGGCCUCGUCUUGCGAUAAGUCGUACAAUGCGCUAAAAGUUUGGAACAAUCGCCCUAAGGAGAUGGGGGAUUUCGCGGUAUGUCUCAAAUGUUUGUGGUCACCCUUCCAAGAGAAUCAUGUGGAAUUGGCAGAAUGGAUUGAGCUGAAUCUCGCUUUGGGCGCUAGCUCGAUUCAAAUCUAUGUAUUAGCUGUAAUGCCCAAGACAAUGCAGUUGCUAGACUAUUAUGAGCAACUUGGACAAGUAAAGGUUUUCAAAAUGGAAUGGCCCGGUAGCAUGCCAGUUACCGAAACUCCUGUUGCCCAAAAAUGGUUUCACCGUAACGUCACUUACAUUGAUGCUUCUUUUGAAAAUUUUGCUUACAACGACUGCCUCUACAGAAACAUUUACUCAUACAAGUUUCUGGCCGUGAUUGACAUGGAUGAAGUUCUCAUGCCAGUUAAGCACAACUCAUGGCCAGAGCUUUUCAACGCCAUAAUCAAAGAGGGCAAAGACCCCAGUGAUUUCCCAUGCCUGAUGUUCCACCAUUUCUAUUUCUUUGGUAACAAAACAACAAACCCUUCCAUUGGGUUCAAGAUACUGGAUACGGAUCUCAGAACUGACAUUGUCUUCCCUAAAGGCUUCCAAGUAAAAGGAUUUUUCAACACUCAAAAGGUGCUGAUUGCGUUCAAUCACUUUCAUUUGGGAUGUAUUUCCAAUGGAUCGUGCAAUGUAGUUCAUCUUGAUCCCGAUAUGGGCCAAUUAAACCAUUAUCGCUCUACUUGUGUCCGAGUCAAAGUUAUGACCAAAGCUGGAUGUGACCAGAUGAAAGAGAACCUCGUUUUGGAUACCUUGGCCAGUCGAUUUGCCGCUCAAAUCAGACCGAAUGUUUAUGAAGCAUUAGCCAAGAUAAGUUCUUCAUGAUCUCUCCAUUAAUGUGUACUAAAUAAACAUUGGAUUUGGGGUUUGACCCCAUGAUUUUCAAUGUC